AUGUCGGAUCGACUACAAAAUGUGACACAAACCAUUUCAAGAAUAUUGGACGGUUAUGAUAUCCGAUUAAGGCCUAAUUUUGGUGGAGAUCCUUUAUUGGUUGGCAUGGAUCUCACAAUUGCCAGUUUUGAUGCUAUCUCGGAAGUAAACAUGGAUUACACAAUAACCAUGUACUUAAAUCAGUAUUGGAAAGACGAGAGGCUGGGCUUUUCUCACGAGGGUGAGGUCUUAACACUAAGUGGGGACUUUGCGGAAAAAAUCUGGGUGCCGGAUACUUUUUUUGCAAAUGACAAGAAUAGCUUUCUUCACGAUGUGACUGAGCGCAACAAGCUCGUCAGGCUAUCAGGAGGUGGUUCAGUGACUUAUGGCAUGAGAUUUACUACGACAUUGGCGUGUAUGAUGGACCUUCACUACUAUCCACUAGACUCCCAAAACUGCACUGUCGAGAUUGAAAGCUAUGGCUAUACAGUUUCGGAUGUGGUGAUGUAUUGGAAAGAGACGCCAGUAAGAGGCGUCGAUGAGGCGGAAUUACCCCAGUUUACGAUAAUUGGUUACGAAACCAACGAUCGCAUGGAAAAACUAGCUACCGGAGUUUACCAGAGGCUCUCGUUAAGUUUCAAGCUAAAAAGGAAUAUCGGUUACUUUGUCUUUCAAACCUACUUACCCAGCAUUUUGAUCGUCAUGCUUAGCUGGGUCAGCUUCUGGAUCAAUCAUGAAGCCACGAGUGCGAGAGUUGCUCUAGGUAUCACGACUGUCCUAACGAUGACAACAAUUUCCACUGGAGUGAGAAGUUCCUUGCCUCGAAUCAGCUACGUGAAGGCUAUAGACAUCUAUCUGGUGAUGUGCUUUGUCUUCGUUUUUGCCGCAUUGCUCGAAUAUGCGGCGGUCAAUUACACAUAUUGGGGUGCGAGAGCCAAAAAGAAAAUUAAAAAGAAAGACAACGAUGAGAAGAAACCUACUUCUUCUAAGACUGAGAGUAAAGCGGGUUCACCUUUUCCGGGUAACACCGAUGUGGACAUCAUAGAACUCCAUGAUCUCAGAAUGUCCCCUCUUCCGAGCAUUAGAAGCAGGUCAGGACUGGUAAAUGCUGUCGGAACUCCUGGACCUGCACGGGAUCACGAUCCGGCAAAAUUCCCACCGAGUUUUCGAAUUUCGAGGGCACCUGGUUAUAAUACACAUGCAAGAAAUAGCGGUCUUAGGUACAGGGGACCUAGACAGCAUAAACCGAAGGUUUUGCAUGCAAUUCGUAGAGGUGCAUCUGUACUGCGAGCAUCAAUGCCUAAAAUCAAGGACGUUAACAUAAUCGACAAAUACUCGAGAAUUAUUUUCCCCGUAAGCUUUUUACUAUUUAAUGCCGGAUAUUGGAUAUUUUACGUUCUGUGAGCGAACAAUUUAUUA